CGGCGAUCUGUCCGGCUGAUGAAGGAAUCGUGCGACUCGGAGACCUAAGUUCUAACCCCAGACUCUUCACCUUUCCCAUCAGCAUCUCACCCCACCCAGCUUGAUCGCAAACAUCGUCACUGCACCUCCCGAGUCCCAUCGGGCUGCAGGCUUGCCGCUUGCGACAUCUUCCCCUAUUCAACGCCACUACAUCGGAACCAAAAACUGCACAUGUGAAUCAUAAAUGUCGUCGCACGAUUACUACGGCGGCGGCGGCCAUCCCAAAUCUGGUCAAGGUGCCGGUUGGGGCCAACAAGGCCAGUAUCCCUCCCAGGGACCUCCCUCCGGUUAUGGAGGAUACCCUCCGCAGCCGAACCAGCCGAACCAACAACAGACUCCGCCUUACCCGACGUCUUCCUACAUGUCGCCCAGCCCAGGACCGCAUCAGAGUUACGGCGCUCCCCCGUCGCCGCACCCCGCUCAGCAGCACCACCAGCAACAGCAGCAGCAUUGCGGAAAUUCCCAUGCCUCACCCUACGGUGGGAAUUCCAACUCACCCUACAUGUACCCGCCGCAACAAGGCCAACACGCUGCUUCCCCCCAACCACCCCAUGGUUAUGCGCCAGGGUACCAGUCACCAUCUCCCUACCCUCCCGGGCCGCCGCCCCAGCAAUACGGGGGAUACCCAGGCGGGCCGGGAGGCCCGGGACACCCGCCACAAAAUCCGGGACAGCAUGCCCCGGGACAGCAUGCCCCGGGACAGCAUGCCCCGGGCCCGCAUGGCCAAGGCCAAGGCUACGGAUAUGGCCCGGGCGCACCGGGUCAGGAUGAUCGCGGGCUCGGCGCGACGCUGGCGGGCGGCGGCGUGGGUGGUUGGGCUGGACAUAAGGUGGGAGGGGGCGCGCUGGGCGCUGUGGCGGGGGCGGCCGUGGGAGCGAAUGGGGCGAAUAUGCUGGGGAACAAGUUUGAUAAGCACGGCAAGAAAAUGAAGAAGAAGAAGAGCAAGGAGGAAAAAAUGCUCAAGAAGAUGAAGAAGAAGAAUAAGCAUAAAGGUGGGUGGGGCGGUGGCUCGUCUUCGAGCUCUAGCAGUUCGUCGGACUCGGAUUAAGGGGGAGGAAUCAGGAUAAGGACCUAGGUAGGAGCACGAGGGUGUCUGGUUUGGUCGGCUGGAUUGGCUUGGAUGCACAUGUGGUCUUUUUGGUUCGUUUGCUCGCAACUGGUAUAGAUUGGAAAUCUCGCGAUGGAGGAAGAAUGAGCAGCACAUGCACG